GGCAAGGCCGCCACUGACAGCGAAAUGGCGCACUCUGUCGAGGAUAUUCUGUCCCCGCCUCCUGCUGAGCCUGCGCCGUCGGCCAUCGCGGGCAGACCGGAAGGGAAUGUCAUCAAUAUUGGCAGCGACGAUGCGGAGUCCACAAAGAAGCAUCGAAGCCCAGCUGAGGAGGACAGGCCGCCCCCUUCGACGCUGCUCCCUGCAGCAGAGAGCCAACUGGGUCUGAACUCCCGGCCUCCGUCUCCAUCUCCGCCUUCCCCUAAGCCGCCCGAAGCCACGGGCUCGACUUUGAAAGAGGAAUACGAAAAAAGAAGCAAAACAAAACACGACAAGAAGGCCCCCAGCCAACAUGUUGCUGCGAUAUGUUCAGAGGGGCAACCAGCAACAUCCGACAUCGGAGUCGGGCUCCCCACAACAACCAACAACACCAACGCUGGCAACACGAGCCUCACCAACAUCGCCAGCAACAGCGCAGCCGAGCUCAGAUUCAGUCGCAAGACGGUUGGCAACACGGAUAGCGACAGCGCAGCGCCAGCGGUAUCGCACAGUGAACCGACACCCGACACAGAUGCACCCGUAUCUGCGGCAGCCUCGGGGAAUCCAGCACAGCCCAGAGCACUGACACGUCAGGACUACGCCUGCCUCGACUCUAGCGAGGCACAAUCGGACGACAGUCACCUGACACGCGACUCCAUCACUCGGGAGUCCCAGAACGACGAGCUCUCGUCCUCGACACUCGAGAAACUAGACGUUAGCACUCUCCCGCUGCCAGCUCUGCCAAAGCGUCGACGCACCCGCUCCCGCACCAGUCCCUCGAAGCAUCUGCAGCAGCGUCAGCAGCAGCAACAGCAGCGUCAUGAAGCCGUCGAAGAUGUCACCGAGUCGCCCGAAGCAGCAGUCCAGCAGCCACUCAAGACCCGACAGCGAGCCGUCACUCCAGAGUCCCAAAAGAACGCAUCAGAGAUAAGCACGCCGAAAAAGAACACAUCGGCCCAGAAGCAGCAACGUCAGCAGCAACAGCAGCAGGCAUCACAGGCACCGCCGCACCUCUCCGCUUUCCAGCAAUACGUCGCCAAGAGGCGCGAAAGUCUCGAGGCGUCGAACCGCAGCUUUAACGAGAAGCUGGAGGCGCGCAGGAUGCACUAUCACCACAUGGGUGGCGGGAGUGCCAAUGGGAGCUCUGCGGCCUCCCAUCUAACGGCUGGCUCGAACGGAGUCCCCACCUAUCUGUUCGGAGAGCAUUUCCAUGGCCGAAACUCCAUGUCACCGGGCACCACAAAGGAGGAGAUAUUCCUCAACAAGUCCGGCUGGGUGCAGGUCAACACGAAGCGUGGCUCUGGCAAGGAUGACAACUGCGAGGGCUAUCGCCGGCUGAACUACGGCCAGCAGAAUGGUGGCGGCCGUCCUGCCAUUCGCGGUGUUCCCAUGGACCACGGACGGCGCUCGGACCUGGCCCGCCAAUCGUUCGUUCAGCAGCACCAGCAGCCACCAUCCGGCAUGGGCAUUUCUGAGCCCAAGUUUGUCGGCUCCAAGGUGGAGGAGUUAAUACAGAGGAACGAGGCGCGUUUGGGUGGCUACUCAUCGCGGGAGGCUGCCUUGCGGCCGGGCUAUCGGAUUAUCGAUCCCCAGCUGGCCAAUAUUCUCAACGAGAGACCAGGCUUUCUCCCAGUCAAAAGCCCCAACGACUUGGACUCACCCAUCACACCGAUUUUGUCGCCACCGCCCGCUUUCCAGGACAAUAGCCGCAGUGUGCGUCUGAAGCCAAUGCGUUCCCAAGGACCUCCGCUACCCCUGCCUGUGCCGCUCCAGUCCCAGACCCAGUUGGUUGGCCAACAUCCGGCCAACGUGUCCGUCAAAGGCAUGGUCUUCUCUCGCAGCUUCGAGUACGACACGCGUCGACCGCAGCCUCCGGACAACUAUGUGGAGACCUUCUCUCGCAGCUUCGAUGGCAACCUGUCAGAGCGUCCCCUCAACCUGGCCGUGCUGGCUGGGCAGCGGGAACGGUCGCCAAACUUUAGCACCCUGACGGGAAACUCCCCCAACUACCUAACGAAGCGGGAAAGCGGCGGCGGCAGCAGUGGUUCCCUGCGCAGCCGAGACAACUCGCCCAAGUAUCUGAAUCCACACAUAGCGCAGACGACAGCUUAUUUGAAUGCCGCUGUGAAGGAGGCGCCGCCUGUCUACAGCGUUGCCGCAGCAACAGGCAGUCAGGCCAAAUACUCGCCCCGCUCCCGCCACGAACGGACCGCAGAGCGGGCUAAGACCCAUGCCCUGGGACGUUCACGCAAGUCCCAAUUCAGUCGGGUGGGCAGCGCAGGACCUCUGGUUCAGCAUCCUGCGGCCCCCAGCGUGGGAGUGUCGCGCUUUCGCAGCUUUGAUACGUCCAAGAGCCAGCGGCUCAACUCUUGUGACAGCGGAGCGAGAUCAGAUCUCUCCAAUGAUGAGGUGGACAACGAGGACGGCGGUUUGAGUGAGUUCUUGUCUGCCGGCACUCACAAGUUUCCCAAGGCUGGUGCCAGUACUGUCAGCAUCUCCCCGUUCAAGAUGCAGCGUCAGCGCUCUUUAACGCCCGAUCGGAACGAGUCGCACAGUUCAUCCACCAGCUUGAGGAAGCAGCGCUCUCUGACCCCCGAAUCCAGAUCCUUGACUCCCGAGGAGCGACGCAAGAAGGGGUCGCAGUUAUCGCUGAGUGCUGGCUCUCGCCAGAACUCUGGCUCCAGAAGCAACACGUUGGAGGCCCGCAAGGACAAGACGCCCCCCAACAUAUCACGCAGUUCCUCCAGCUCUAGCUACAGUGGCGGCGAUUCCCAUGAGCCGCUCAAUGCCAGCACCAGCUCAACUGUCACAGCCUCGGUUGCCGGUCCCGCAAGCAGCUCGAGCAGUCACCGGCGGGCCAUGGCUGCCAAGCAGGCGGAACAGGAGCAUCGCAUUCGCCGCUCCAGAUCUUUGCAGCUGAGCGAGCGCUCUCCAAAUCGAACCCACAAGUCGAUUGUUAAUUUGGGUGCUGUCUCCGUCCAGCAGCAACAUCAGGCUUCCGCCGGAACAUAUCAGCAAUCCCGGCUGCCAGUUGGUGGAGGCGUCUUUCCGCCCACCAUUCGAGCUUCUCCAGCUCCGGCUUCGUCCAGCACUUCUGUGAGAGUACGGCAGAGCGAGGCGGACAAGGCACGCUCCUUUGACUUCGAUUACAGCAACUACAAUCGCAGUGGUGGCUCUAAGGGAUCAGCGCGCUCCGCUCACACAAGUGGCAGCGGUGGGGACAGCGGGAGCAACCAGAAUUUGCGGGUGGAAAGGGAGUCGCGCUCCUUCGACGACGACUAUCGCGAGGCAGUGCUCAACAAUAACAACGGAAGCCUGCGCUUCCUUCAGCCUGCUGCUGAUACCAGUCACCCCUCGUCCUCCCGUCUGCGCAAGUCCAACUCUCCCGUGGAGCACAGCGCCGCCUCGCGUUCGCCCCAGUCCUCAGGAUCCUCGUCUAACAAUCUCCACCAGGCGUCGCGCCAGACCGGCAGUCCCCAGAGCUACGGGACACGGCUGUGCGACCAUGAGUUAACCUACGAUAUGCUACGCAAGUCGCCGAUAAUGAACUUUAGGCGGGGGGACAGCAGCGACUAUGAGCUGCCCGUGAUGCUUCGCAACCGGGAGACCAUCAACUCCGGGGGCAACAGCGAGCUCAACUUUAUGAGCAACGAAACGCGCAUCUACGAACACCCGACCACGGUGCUAAAGCCACAGCGAUCCCUACGCCAGAGUCCAGGAUCGCGGGACGACCUGACCCUGGAGAUGGCGGUGGGAGUGGGUGGUGAUUACAUUUACAGACAGGCAGCAACCCAGCCGCGCAGCAGCAGGUACUAGCUCCGACACGUUGACAGCUUUCGGCGAGCAAACCGAAUCCGAAUUCGAAUCCCUGCUAAGCUAACUUUGUACCAACCUAUUCCUCGAACUAAUAUGCACAAGGGCCCAGGCCCCCAAUCCUCCUCGAACCAAGGUACUACUAACCCGACCAGAGCCAGCACCCGUGCGUAAAGACUGCUUAUGCAUACCAACUAAUCUAUGAACUAACCGAAUUUAUUAACUCUGCGGUGGAGGCGGCCUUACUCCUUACUCUUCCUGUAUUUAUUUUGAGGCACGUACUAACAUAAAUCAACCGUAGAAGGAGUAGCUAAAAAGGUAUAUGGGAUAUCCAGAACCCACCCCCUUCACUAGUUCUUCUGGUUAAAGGAAAUUACUAAAGCUUGUGACAUAAAAGCCCGUGUCUGUGCUGUGUGUAGCUU